GCUGUCCAGUCCAGCAAUUUUAUUCUUUGCUGCGAGUCUUCCCAAUUGAAGAAUCCCAACACACAAUCAAUCCCACAGGGUCAGAAGACCCCAAGAACCCAUCUCCGGAGCUGCAGAAAUCCCAUGGCGAACUACCCCGGAUCGAGCUCCUACGACCCCAAAUCCAUGCAGCUCCAGCCCUACUACGGGGCCCCGCUGCCGACCUUCCGACGGGAGGACUUCCGGUCCUACAGCACCUCCUAUUCCCACGCGGAUAUCUGGGGCAACCACUGCUACAGCUACGGCGGCAAUGCCUCCAGCAGGGACAAGAAGCUCGGGAAGAGCAAGUCGGCGACUUCUCGGGGGUUCGUGGACCCCGAGUUCCAGAGGAAGAAGAGGGUCGCCAGCUACAAGAUGUACGGCGUCGAAGGCAAGGUCAAAGGAACCUUCCGGAAGAGCUUCCGCUGGCUCAAGAACCGGUACACCCAGGUGGUCUACGGAUGGUGGUAGAACCGUCACUAGCUCGAUGACGGGGAGUGUCGGCAGUAAAGUCGGAGGCUUUUUGGCGGAAUUGGAGGCUGUGGGAGUCGUUCUGGUUUCUUUAUAUGUUGUUGUGUAGUGUUUUUUUUUUUUUUCCAAUGACAUUUUCAGAUUCAGGGUCAUCAAGAAAGGAGAUUCUGCUGUUGUUGGUCAGGGAAAUGUCUUUUUUAUAUCUAUGGGAUCUAGUCAUGUACUCCCGACUUGGGAUGGACAGUUGACAUGAAAAAUUGUAUAUCUGUGAUCUACUUUGUCGCCGAUUCCUCGUUUCAGUGCUGCUGCUGAUUGAAGUUCAUGUCCAUUUUCGUAA